CCCAGCUGCCCACAUCAGACAGAUCGACCGAUCGAUCGAGGCAUAUAAGAAUUGCCAGUGUACAUACAUACAUGUAGUAGGCAGCUCAGCUAAGCUUGGCUUUGCUUUGGUUGCUAGCUAAGGUAGUUGCAAUGGUGAUGGAGAGCGGCGACAAUGGUGCCUCGGCGAGGGAGAGGCUCCUUGGCGGGGACGGCGGCGAGGCGGGUUCGGAGUCGGCGGUGGCGGCGGGGACGCUGGGGAUGGUCUUUGCCAGCACCGGGGUCGCCGUGCUCGGCUCCUUCGCCUACGGCGUCGCGAUCGGCUACUCGGCGCCGACGCAGGCCGAGAUCAGGCAGGACCUGCAGCUAACACUCUCCGAGUACUCGGUUUUCGGUUCGGUAAUAACAAUUGGGGCGAUGAUCGGAGCAGUUGCAAGCGGGCAGAUUGCCGAUGUUGCUGGACGAAAAGGGGCUAUGAGGGCUUCUGCUCUUGUCUGCAUUGUCGGAUGGCUGGCAAUCUUCUUUGCACAAAGUGCUGCUUCACUUGAUUUUGGGAGAUUCUGCACCGGGUUUGGCGUGGGGGUGUUUUCAUACGUGGUGCCGGUUUUCAUCGCAGAAAUAGCUCCCAAGGCUCUUCGUGGGGGGCUUACAACUCUGAACCAAUUGCUGGUAUGUACUGGAUUAUCUGUGACGUAUAUUGUCGGAACGGUUGUAUCAUGGCGCAUGCUGGUCAUAGCUGGACUUGUUCCAUGCAUGAUCCUCAUAGUUGGUCUCUUCUUCAUCCCCGAAUCUCCUCGAUGGCUGGCAAAAGUGGGCCGGCAAAAGGAGUUUGAAAUAGCACUGCAGCGCCUCCGUGGGAAAGAUGCAGAUGUGUCCCUUGAAGCAGCUGAAAUCAAGGAAUUCAUCGAAACUAUUGAAAAUCUUCCGAAGGCCGGAAUUCAGGAUCUCUUCAGUAGGUCUUACAUCCGGCCUGUCAUUAUCGGUGUCGGUCUAAUGGUUUUCCAGCAAUUUGUAGGGAUAAAUGGCAUCCUAUUCUAUGCCAGUGAAACUUUUGUAUCAGCUGGGUUCACUUCUGGAAACCUGGGAACCAUCUUGAUGGGUUGUAUACAGGCGCCAAUCACAGCACUUGGAGCUCUACUGAUGGACAGAAGUGGGAGAAGGCCACUAUUGUUGAUUUCAACAUCUGGACUCCUCGUUGGAUCUCUUAUGUCAGGGAUAUCAUUCUAUCUCAAGACUCAUGGGAUAUUUGCAGAGCAAGUCCCGGUAAUCGCACUCACUGGCAUACUGGUCUACAUUGCAAGCUUUUCACUAGGAAUGGGUUCAGUUCCUUGGGUCAUAAUGUCAGAGAUAUUUCCCAUAAAUAUGAAGGGAAUCGGCGGGAGCUUCGUGACUCUGGUGAACUGGUUCGGUUCGCUUGCAGUUUCUUUCGCCUUCAACUUCUUCAUGAGCUGGAGUUCUUCAGGGACAUUCUUCUUCUUCGCCUUUGUUUGCGCCAUGGCCAUUCUUUUCAUUGUGAAGGUCGUGCCAGAGACAAAAGGCAAGACCUUGGAAGAGAUUCAGGUUUCCAUAAACCAUGGCACAUAGUGGAUUGGAGAAGAACCAAAAUAAUACGAUGUAUCUUUGCUUGUCCGUGCAAUUGUAGAAAAUGUGUAUGAAUAUGUAACAAAGAUGGAUAUGCCACAGGUGCUCUAUACUGUCCUUGAUAAAAUCAGGGCAGCCAAACGACACAGAAAAUUGAUGCAUUGAUGUAUCUAUCCUUCAAAUAGAGUUACAAGUGCCUCUUCUGUUA